AUGCCUUCAAAUACCUACAGGGCGAUCCGCGCCAAACAAACCCCAAUCACAGUCACGGUAUACCAGGCCUAUUCCCCCGAGAUAGCCAACGCAGCCCUCAAAGCCCAAACCUUCGUCACCCCAUUCUCUCGCGCACGAAUGACCUGGAUAAAACCCUCUUUCCUAUGGAUGGCCUACCGAUCAGGCUGGGCAACGAAAGUCCGACAGGAACGCGUCCUCGCAGUCGAGAUCACGCGCGAGGGAUUUGAAUGGGCCCUGCCACACUCCUGUCUGAGCCACCACACACCUGGCGAAAUGAGUCAGAAUGAGUGGCGGGAGAAACUGCGCGCCAGUCCAGUGCGUAUACAGUGGGAUCCUGAGCGGGAUCUCUCGCUGCGGGCUUUGGAUUAUCGGAGUAUUCAGGUUGGGUUGAGUGGGGAGGCGGUUGGGCGAUAUGUAGAUGACUGGAUUGUUUCGGUUACGGAUGUUACUGCUACGAUGAGGGAGAUUGAGGGAUAUCUUAAGGAUGGGGAUAUUAAUGCUGCGAGGGAUUGUUUGCCUGAAGAGACGCCUUAUGUGUUACCUGAGGAUUUGCAGGAGCUGGUGGGCAUUAAUUGGAUGGAUCAUUAG